AUGAAUACAACGCCUUUUAUGGACAAGCAGAUUAUGGAUCUCACUCACGGAUCUUCCACUACUCAGCAACACAGCAAGGACUUCAUCGACCUCAUGAAACACGAACCAUCGCAGCAACAUCAUCAUCAUCUUCGCGAAGGAGACGAUGAUGAACAAGAAGAAAAAGCACGUGACAACGGAAUCAACAGAGACGAAAUCGUUCCCAGUUACGAUUUCCAGCCUAUUCGCCCUCUCACCGCUUCCAGUUACGAUUCCGCCCCUAAUUUCUCUGCCGCAUUCUCUCGCCCUUGGAAUUCCGAUUCCAACUCUAAAAAUUACAGUUCUCUGGAUUCAGUGGAACCUGCAAAAGUGAUUGUAGAAAAGGACCGAAGUGCUUCUGAUACUUCAAUAUUGUCUGAGAUUGAUCGUACCAUGAAGAAACAUAUGGAAAAUAUGCUUAAUGUUCUGGAAGGUGUUAGUGCACGGUUAACACAACUAGAAACCAGAACCCACCAUCUCGAAAAUUCUGUGGAUGAUUUGAAGGUAUCUGUUGGAAAUAAUCAUGGUAUCACUGAUGGAAAAUUGAGGCAGUUGGAGAAUAUUCUUCGAGAGGUGCAAUCAGGGGUCAUAAUUGUCAAGGACAAGCAAGAUAUAAUAAUGCAAGCUCAAAUGCAAGUGGCAAAGCUGCAAGUGUCCAAGACGGAUCAGAAAUCAGAAGUGCAAGCUAGUGCAAUUACGGAUCCUGUGCAGCAACCUGCUCCUGUUCAAUCUCAACCACAGCUUCCUGCCCCUGCUAAUCUUCCUCAAUCAAUUCCUGGUGUUCCUCCCCCUAAUGCACCUCCUCAACCUCCUCCACAACAGGGUUUGCCUCCUCCACUUCAACAGGGCUUGCCACCUCCACCACCAAGUCAACUUCCAAACCAAUUCUCUCCAAACCAAAUCCAAGCUGCUUCUCAGAGAGAUCCAUACUUCCCACCACCUGUUCAGUCUCAGGAAACACCAAAUCAGCAAUACCAACUGCCUUUAUCGCAGCCUCUAAAUGCUCAGCCCGGGGCAGUAGUUCCACAUCAGCAAUAUCAACAGACCCCACAUCCGCAGUACUCUCAGCCUGCACCUCAUCUACCUCAACAGCAGCUACCAUCCCAUCAAACCAUGAAUCCGUCUCAACUACAAUCUUCACAGGGUCACCAUGUUGAGGAACCACCUUAUCCUCCUCAGAAUUAUCCUCCCAAUGUCCGCCAGCCGCCAUCUCAGCCACCCACCGGUCCUCCUCCUCAACAGUUCUAUGGGACACCAUCCCACACAUAUGAACCACCAUCAAGCAGACCUGGUUCAGGCUAUUCUUCUGGAUAUGGUACACUAUCGGUCCCCCCUGAGCAGUAUCGUUAUGGUGGACCACCUCAGUAUGGUGGCAAUCCUGCACUGAAACCACAACAACUACCAACUUCUUCAGUCUCUCCAAGUGGUGGAGGCAGCUACCCUCAGCCCCCAACUGCCAGGAUACUCCCACAAGCACUACCUACUGCAUCUGCAGUUAGUGGCAGCUCUGGUUCUGCUGGAACUGGAGGAAGGGUUUCCGUGGAUGAUGUGGUGGACAAAGUUGCCAGUAUGGGAUUCCCCAGAGACCAUGUGAGGGCCACAGUUCGGAAGCUGACAGAGAAUGGUCAGUCUGUUGACCUCAAUGCAGUGCUGGAUAAGCUCAUGAAUGAUGGUGAUGUUCCACCCCCACGAGCUUGGUUUGGUCGGUAG